GUUAGGCCAUGAGUAGUGCAACAGGUAACAACACUGCCAGGAUACCCACGUCUCACACUUUAUGGUCACCAUAUGACACUGUGAGAGACGCGGCCGAAAGCUUAGGCCUUUCGAGUCAAUUAACUGAGGACGUGGCAAAAAACUUGGCCAUGGACGUUGAGUACCGUAUUCAUGAAAUUUUGGAGCAAGCAUUGAAAUUCAUGAGGCAUGGCAAAAGGAAAAUACUUACGGUAUCCGAUGUUGACAGGGCUAUGAAAGUACUGAACCUUGAACCCUUGUACGGCUAUGAUGUUUCGAGGCCCCUUGUUUUUAAAGAAGCAAUGGUUGGCCCUGGUCAAACGCUGUACUAUGUCGACGAUGACGACGUCGAGUUUGAAAAGUUGAUCAAUCAAUCACUUCCUAAAGUUCCAAGAUUCACUUCAUUUACUGCCCAUUGGCUCGCAAUUGAGGGCGUGCAGCCAACAAUUCCUCAAAACCCAAACCCCGUGGAGAUCAAACAAUUACCCCCUAAUCAGAGAGGUUCGGUUGAUAACAUACUGAGCUUGAACAAUGACGAUAUAUCUUUGUCUACCAAUCCAUCUAAUGGAUUGACAACAGUUGAGCAAAACUCACAAGGAAGAAAAAAAGAUCUUGAUGUGAAACCACUUGUCAAACAUAUGCUUUCUAGAGAGCUUCAGCUAUAUUUUGACAAGUCUGUUGCUGCACUACUGGAUGAGACCAAUGAAAGCCUCCGAGCGGCUGCUUUGGAAUCUUUGGAAGCUGAUCCUGGAUUACACCAACUUGUCCCUUAUUUUAUUCAGUUCGUCGCUGAAACAAUAACACACAAUUUGAAAAAUCCAACGAUUUUGACAACAAUGUUAAUGGUGAUAUAUUCUUUACUGUCCAACAAGUCAAUAUUUCUUGACCCAUACAUUCACGCUAUAAUGCCAUGCAUACUCACUCUACUUCUUGCUAAGAAAAUAGGAGCACGGUCAGAAUCGGAAGAUGACAGAGAACAAUUCAGAAUUAGGGAGCUGGCGGCUUCCCUCCUGCAGAGAAUCAUGCGGGAGUAUGGUUCUUCCUAUACAACUCUUAAACCUAGAAUAACUAGAACGCUUUUGAGGGCGUUCCUUAGCAGCGCCACAAAGAGUUCAAUUGGAACGCAGUUUGGCGCCAUGAAGGGCAUGAAGUCUUUGGGUAAAGAAGUGAUUCGAAUUAUUAUGGUGGGGAACCUUAAAAGCUGGUCUACCUCCAUUCUAGAAGGCCUUGAUGAAAAGUCCACUAGCUACAAAAUACUUAUUGAAAAUGUGAUGGAUUGCCUUAAUACAAUGACCGACGACGGCAAGCUUAGCAAGCCAUCGACAACUGAAGGUGACAAUGAGAGCAAUCAGCAUGGGCUAGGGGAUGACGAAAUGCAGAAAUUGAGAGAUCGUUUAGGUGACAUCCUUGCGAAGGAAGUCGCUUCCCAACCAAACGCACGAGAGAUAUACGGCGGCAUUUUCUUUGGGGAAUUAUGAGACGUCUUUAGCGGACAUUAAAGUAACUUUUGGAUCUUGACUUGUGACACAGAAUAGCGAGCUCAGUCGAAAGUCAGCCUUUUUCUAGGAUUACCGUGCUCUUUAGCACCAAAUAACUCCGAUUGCCGUUGCAGGUUUAAAUUCUGUUUUGGUGAUGAUUGAGGUAGAACAGGUCCUGAUUGGGGUGAUACACAUGGUGGGAAGCUAUCAGGUUUUUCGUUUGCAAAAAGAUCACUUGAUGUUUCAGCGUAGUAUAAGCUUUGAUCAGCGCAUGACGAAAGUGAAGUUCUAGACGGAAUUUCAAUAGUUUGUAUGACGUUCUCUUUUGCCUGAUGAGAUUUUAGGGGAGUAGCGGUGACAUGAGUGUCCGACACCAUGCUAGUCUUCACUGGAGAGAUAUCAUCGGGAGCAGUCUUAAGGUCAUCGGGAGAUGCGAAAAUCUCCAAGGAAGCGCGUGGUUUUUUCACAGGUGUGGCUUCUACCUCCGUAUACGGGUUAGCUUGCACUUCCGAGUUGUCAAGAUAUAUUGAAGCUGCGUUCCGUUUUCUAUGAUUGAAAAUUGAAGAGGUUUCAAUCGCGGAUAUUUUGCUUUUGAUGCGUGUCUUACUGAGACUUGAUUCAGUAUGCGACCGGGGCUGUAAUUCAAGUCCAGUUGGCGAAGUGGACAAUUGUUGAGUUAUUGAAGUACUUUUGAUCAUAUCGAAUGUCUUUCUGGAUAAAUUUUGUGUCAGUCCUAGAUUGGAUGCUUUACGUUUUAGCUUCAAGUGCGAAAAUUCUAAUGAGUUAACGAGAACUGAUGUGUCCGAUUUCGCGAUAGCUCUCAGCUUCGGUGAUGGAGGCGAAAUUGUCCUUAUAUGUUCUGCAUGUGAAUUUUUUGAUUUCCUAGAAGCUGAAGGUCCUUUAGCUUUAUUUAUUAGCUCUCUGAGUAGCUUCGGAUGUGACUUCUGGAAAAAGGGAACGACAGAGCUUAUUAAAAAUCUAUAGGUUGAAUCAUCUUCGUUCAGUGAUAAUCCCAUUAUAGCAUCGUGAACGCAUAGUUUGUCCAUCAAGGCGUUGAUGUUUGUCUUCAAGACAUUUGAAGUAAGUUCAUUCGUUGAGUUAUCUUGAAUGUUUCUUAGGUCAGUGGUAAAUUUUGCGUUAACAGAAAUUGCAGUUCCAAUUAAUGUAGGUAUCAGUCUUUUUUUGCGACCUACCAGCGGCCGUUUGGUAUAAAUAACCUUCGAUCUCCUGGGUGUUGGUACUUGAUGGUCCUCCUCACCGUUGAGCAGCCUUAGCAAAUCCAGGCAAAGGAGUACUUGUAGUUUGGCCUCUCUCAGUCUGAGAUUGUCCAAUGACUCUCGAAAUUGUUCGUCAGAUUUCGUGGCGUGAUUACGAAGAAAGUCAACACGAUAACUGAGUUCAUCAUCGUUUAGUAGGUUCAAUGAGGAGGUACACGAUGAGCGACCAAAGUCAAAACGCUGAUUGAAGUUUGUCAUUGAACGAAUGAUAAAUGAAGAAAUAGUGUCGCGAGCUAACUGACAGUUCGAACGGGAAAGCACAUGGACUCUUGGAAGGGCAGUCUUGGCAAAAUAUUGUAAGGGGGUUGUGCUCUGGUAAAGGGUAGAAAAAUAUCUUUCUGCUAGAAACGCAUGGGGAUCCACAUGAGAAAGCUUUGAAGAUGAACUCAAACUUGCUGACAGCUUGACGUUAGGAGGACUCAUGCGUAAAGAAAGGCAACAACUAGAGCUCUUGAUUGCUAAUACACUCUUUUUGACUUUGGGGAAAUGGUAAGAUGAUGUUGGAGUCGUUGACGCUAAAGGACUCCCACCAUACUUUCUUAAUACUCUCUCCUCUAUGUGGGCAUCAUCAACCAGCUUAUAUAGUGUCCAAAUAUUAUGUUGAAUUCCAGGGGAUAAAAUACCAAAGGUUGGCUUUGAUGCGAGGUCUUGAUUUGAUGAAUGGACAACUACAAAUGCCGAAGAAUAUUCGUCCCCUAUUUUGAAGCAAUCAAAGUUCUCUACCAGAGCUUCCCCCAAAAUCAAAUCCAAUGAGCUCUGUAUUUUGAAAAAACAUAAUUCCGCAUUGGCGCUAGUUAUUGCACAGACUGCUUCAACUUGAGUCUCAGUCACGUUUGAUUCUGUACAUUCCCCAGGCUUGAUUCGAAAUUUGAACAUUGAUUUUGAUAUAAGAGGAGAAAAAGGUUUUAUACUUUCAACUCACGAGCUCCUUCAAGAUGUAAAAGGCAGAUUAGCUAACUGUUUACGCCUAGAUUCAAUAGUUGUCAUCACAUGACUCAAAUCACGAUACAAUUUUUACCGACGCACUAUUCAAAAGUUUCCGACGAGGAAAUCCAAUAUUUCCGGUUUUACCCGUAAUUGAAAAUCGUUGAAGGUGUUUCAAUUAGAUAUGUUUGGUUUUGUCAUUCAUUCUCCUCUUUUCAACAUCUUGCUAUUUGACAGCUGCUUGUAAUCAGGAUGAUGGUUAGGAAUCAAGCUUUUUUGCAAUUGAAAUGAUGUAGAUUCUUGCCAUCAUCUCCAUAUACACGGCGCCAUGUUCACUAUUAAAACUUAAUCUCCGGUAAUGGUUGACAGUGGGGUCAGCAAUUAACGCUUUUUUUGUACUGGUAUUGUGGUUAUCAAUUAGCAAAACCUCAAGGGACAACACCUUUGAUUGCGUAAAGAAUUGGGCUAUACAUCACAAACAACCGUCUCUUUGCUAUAUUAUCCUUCGUACCUUGAGUAUAAGAAGGAUUGUACGUUGGAAGUCAUCCCACACCUUCCAUCGUAUGAAUCGUAGUUGAAGUUGUGGCCGAUUAAAGUCGAGCUCUUCUGAUACUGCUCGAAUCAAACCUCGUACCAAUGUUUAGAUCUUGGGCAACUCUCAAAAGUGUAUAAUUGGCAUGUAGAUUUGUGGCCAAUUUGGCAAUCAAGUGCCUAAUAUCCUGUGAUCAAAUGCAUAAGCCGACAAGUAACAGCGAACGUGACUUAUUGUGCUGAUUGGCCACAGAAAUACUGGUAAAUGUAAAGUUCUGAGAAGGUUGAGAUGUCUGCUUUUCUGUUCAAUUGCACAAGGGCCAUUGUCUUAAAUCAGCCCACUUUUACAUAGCAAACAGCACAAUGCUCAUAAUCUGAUUGGACAUUCGACACCCUCCAACAGGAGACAGAUAUUAAGAGGUUUACCCUUAUAUAGUGUGUCGGCUGCAGGAGCAAAGAAUGAGUGAACUUUCACUGGAUUUGACAUAAGCGGUAAUAUUAACAUUCAGGUAGGAUAUAAGCAAUGAAUGCUAUACAACAUAUGAAAUGAGCUGAAAGCUAAAGCAAAAUUGCAAUUCAUUCAUAC